AUGAGCACUCGCGAAACCCAACGUGGUGAGAGCAUUGAAGUUCGAAGUCCGCCUGCUACCGCCUUUCUCCCCAGCGUCCAGCUGCCAGACUUUGCUUCUCCUCAGGGGAGAACUUCACGGCCAGUCGAAGAGCAAGCGCUGCCUUUGGUCCGUGACUAUGACGAAAAUCACGCUGGGGAAGAAGGAAUAGAGCAAAGGCAAGGAGGUGACUGGAAGAAAUCCGAAGGUAGCAGGAGUGGGUUGAUGACACAUUCAUUGUCGGAAGUCAACAAUCAGAGUGGAAAGCUUGAAGAUAGCCUAACAGUGCUUGAAGUUCUGCAUGACAUGCAAUCUCGCCUUCGGUUUGACAUGAACCGGAGUCAGAUACUGGAGUUCUGUCUUCUCUCUUCAUCCCUGGUCGUCGACAGCAACUUCUUUGAGCAAGACGUCAAGCAGCUCAUCAUAGAUGCGUGGAACGCGCAGACUUCCGUAGCACAGCUGAGGGAUAUCCGCUUCGUCAUGUCAAAAUCUGAACCCGUUGUUUUGAUCCGUCAGGGGGUCAUUCUUGUCAGUUUUGACCCCAUCAAGGCUGUCAUCUCCUGCAGCAAAUCUUUUGUUAUCAUACCAGAAGGGGCCGACGAGGUGCUGGAACCUCUCAAGCGGCGUCUUGCUUCCGCUCAGAACGAUACAAAACUGAACUCCAUCCCUUUUGAGUUCUCAUGCUUGGAGGCAAUUUUGAUCACCCUCGCAGCUUUGAAGAAGAGGGAUGUGAAUCACUGCCUGCAGGAAGGCAAGACCAUUCUGAGACUGGUGCGAAGGAAAAUGAGCAGCAGGCUUCUUAACAAGAUUUUGGCUCUGAAGAAAAAACUUUCAGAGACCUAUGAAUCCGUGGUCGGUUGCGUGAAUGCUCUUGAAGAGGUUCAGGACUCGGACACCUUGAUGUCGCUCAUGUACUUGACCCAAAUCAAUCACAACCCUCAAUCCUUUCUUGAGGCGCUGCGACAAGAAAGUUGGAAUACAGAUGAGGUAGAGCUGCUGCUGGACUCAUACUCUCAGGACCUGUCUGCCAUGGCUUCCCAGCUCAACCUUCUCGACCAGGAGAUCGAAUCUACGGAGGCGCUUCUAAAGCUGAAGUUGGAUACGGCAAGGAAUACUUUGAUCAAAGUUGACGUUUCCUUCGGCAUCGCGUCCCUGUGGCUCACAGCCUGCAGGUCAGCAAGUCAGCAGUCGGUGUUCCGAUACCUCUUAAUGACUACCGAAUCUUGCAGCCUGAUCUCUGGCUACUAUGGGAUGAACUUACAGAGCGGCCAUCAGGCUGACGUUGACAAUCCUCUUGGUGGCAGCGGACCGAGUGCGAUGUGGCUGGAGGUUACCAUCAUCUCAUCAGUCGGCUGUAUUUGUUUGAUCGCUUGCUCGCUUGUCUCCCUUUGGUGCUGCGGCCUGUUUAGAAGUUGA